AUGAAUGGAUCACCACAAACUCUCAUCGUAUAUGCUUGUGCUCCUGACAGUGCAGUACAAGAUGAAACACGAAAUAAUAGAAAUGGCAGUUUUAUUGAAAACUUAUUAAAACAUAUCACAAGACCCGAUAAACAUAUUGAAAAGAUAAUGAAAGAUGUUGCUGAUGCUGUUCAUUUACAAACAGGUGGUUUUCAAUUACCACAUCGGUUAAGUUCCAUCUCUGGAAAAGUCUUUUUAGUGCUAAAUAACAAUCAGGGUAAAGCAUAUUUAAUUUUCCAACUCGACUAAUUCUUUCAUUUCAAGAUAGAGGAAAAGGCGCGUAAAUUUAAUCAAUUUGUGUGAAGAGAGUAAUCAUAAUAAACUACCCUAGGCGAACUUUUUUUUUCAUGCUCUUGACCUGCGCAGACCUCAAGUUUUGUCCAUAGCGCAUGACUUUCUUGCUCAAGACAAGCGCUUGAGUGUUUGUAUGAGUUACAAGAACCUCACGUGCUCAACCCAAGAAAAUCCAACUAUGAAUUUUUAUUAAAAGUUGAGUUAUUUUGCACGUAAAAUUGAAAAAAAAUUGAAAAAGUUCCUUAGUAACAGAAACGCUUGGGAGAGAAUUCAAGCGCAUGAGCAAGAAUAUCAAGCGAUAGAACAAGAAGUUCAAGAACUUGAGCUUACCAAAAGGUCUCAAGUCUUGCCUCAAGGUUUUUCCAUAGCGCAUGACUUUCUUGAUCAAGAUUCUCAAGUAUCUCCUGCACAGACCAAAAGAAGUUCGUCUAUGAUAACAUUUUAUUUAUCUAGAGCGUUACCAAAAAGAAAAUUUUUGAAAGCAGAGACUAAGUUCUGCGUCUUGUUCUAUUUAUUUUACAUCGUUUGUUUGAGCAGAACCUGUCCAUGAUUUUCCGGAUGUCUUUAUUUACACUAUUUUCGAAGGAGGGGUUCGUUAAGCGAGGAAAUCGGUCCCUCAUGAAAGCUCUCCAUUCCUAUUCCAAAUCGUCACUUUAUACAUCGUAAACUCAAAAACUUUCGAAUCCAGUCUAUUGGGUCCAGUCAGCCGAAACACAGGGUUAGAAUUCCCUCCCCGUUCACUAUACAGAUUUUUAGCUAUUUUCGCUCUUUUCCACCAUCUGUGACAAAUGUAGACAUUUGCGUUGAUUUUCGAGUCAAGCUAAAACGAUACAACUUUUUGAGCUCUAUAAUUCUAGCUUAGGAAUGGCUACUGAAAAAAGUGGGUAUGAGGGUCAUAUUGAGCAAAAACUGGCUGAAAACUCUGAUUUUCCAGCACUUUAGCUUGUUUCUGGCAUCUAUAACACAUGUACACAUUUGGACCCACUUUCGAGUCAAGUUAAAACGGUACAAGUUUCUGAGCUUGGCAAUUGCGACAUAGGAAUGUUUAGAGAAAAUUUUGCGCGUGGUUUGCAGCUUCACGUGGGUACUUAGGCUUGGACUAGGCAUGCACCAAAUCCAAACCCAAACCGUUUGGGUAUUUGGGUUUGGGUAUUGAGUUUGGGUUUGGGUAUGAAUAUUCAGUGUGAGUUUCUGUUUCACUUUUGCUACAUCAACUCACUCAAUUAUGGGUCUUAAAAUGUAAUGCAAUUUAUGUCAAGUCUCUUCUCUAUAUUUAGCUAUUUAUUACGUAUAGAUAUGAGCAAAAGCAUAUUUUUAUGCUUUACAUUGUAAAACAGUGAAAUAAAGCCAUUCUCAAUCCGAAGAAGACAGCUUGAAAAGUGAAUAUUUUUGACUGAUUUACCCACGAUCGGAUUGAUGGAAUAUCGAUAUCACAAGUAUCAAUUGGAGAAAUGGUUGUUGGAUGUUCUGUCAUAGUCAAACAUUGGCUUUUAAGAGAAAGGAGAGAGAUAGGGAACCUGAAUUCGAACUUUACUUGUUGAGACUGAAGCAUUGCUCACAAUGAAUGAGGGUCCCAGCCUUUUCGCAAUAUUUUUCUGGUUUUCAUAGUUCUAGACUGAAUAUUUUCUGAGCAAUGCAGCAUUUGAUCAUCCACGAAACCGCAUUCAUGUGGAUGUCACGGGAAUAGAGGCAAAAAGUGCUAUUGUAAUAAUGAUAGAAACACUGGGUAAUUAUGCUGUUGGUCGAAAAAUUUUUGUCGAAACGCAGUUGGUCGAAAAAUUAUCGUCGAUAAAUUUUUUGUCGACACGACACUUCGUCGACACAACAUUUCGUAGACACGACACUUCGCAGACAAAGCACUUCAUCGAUAAACUCAAAUAGAUAUCUGCUUUUCGUCGAAAGUAUUUUCUUGGCUAUGGAGAGCACUCCAAAUGUAAAGGUGAGGUGAGUGUGAUAGUGAGGAUAAGUGCCAUGCAGGGGUACUCUAAAUGUGAUGGUGAGGAUGAGCAUGACGGUGAGGGUGAGCAUGAUGGUGAGAGUGAGCAUGACUGUGAGGGUAAGAGCGAUGCAAGGCACUUCAAGUGUGAGGGCGAAGACAAUGGUGAGAGGAAGGGCACUACAAACGUGAGUGCGAGAGAAAAUUCAUUGUCCUCUUGACUCUGAAUAAUUCUGUAGAAGAAUUGAACGAUCAGAAAUUGUCUCGAGGGACUGCGAACCUUUCCUUGAAGUACUUUUCGACGAAAAGCAUGUAAUUCUAUUCAAUGAUGCCCUGAUAUUCUUCCAUCAUCACCAAAGGAACAAAGUUAAUUAGGAGAUAUUUUUGAACGUGUCUCCUGACGGUGAGAUAAAUAAGAAGAAGAAAAUACUUCACUUUCGACGAAAUGCUUUUCUACAAAAAAAAAAUUUUGACAAAAAGUCUUGUCGACGAAAUACUUUUCUGCAAAAACAUUUCGACAAAAUGUCCUGUCGACGAAAUGUUUUUCGAUGAAAUGCCUUUCCACAAAAAAAUUUCGCUAAAAAUUUUUCGACAAAGUUACUUCGACGAAAAGUCUGUCGACUAAAGUGUCG